UACCACAGCUGAUGUUGAAACUUGGCAGGCCGGUCCCGCAGCCCUGUCCCCUCAAAAUUUCAGAAACUAGUCAAAGGAAAUAAGCUAGACACCGUGGUAAAGGCAGGAUAUAUGUCUUUUACCCUCAAUAUGACAAAAGGAAAGAAGUGUUUUGUUAAAUAUCUCACCACACACGAAAUGACAAACCGUUAGAUGUUAUACAGCUUUAUUGUCGCCACGUCCUGUCAACCUUGUACCUGACAUCUCAGUCAAUAUUUUUACAAUUAGCUAGACUGAACAGCUUUCAAAUCUGAUUAAAAUGGGUAUUGCUUCUUACAAAAAUAACCAGCAUUUAAAAUAAAUUUUUACUGUUUUGUAAAAUUGUUCAUUUGAAUUAGAAAGAUAACAGCAGUUUUUCUUAUCGGUAGAGUUAAAUCUUAUGUGCAAAUGGUAGCAGAAUGACAUCUGAAUGCAAAGUCGCAUUGUUUUUAUUGCACCAGAAUAUAUGCCCGAUUUAACAGGGUCCCGACGUUAAAAUUUCAAGCAGUUGUUGUGUAUAAAAAGGCUUCAGUAUAGCACCAAUAAAACAAACCACCAGUUAAUGAGGCAAAGUUUUAAUCUGUUUUACACAAUCAUAUAAAGAGGAUAAAACACAAUGGUAACCGGAAUGACUGCUAAUGCAUAUUAUGUAUCACUAAACAUCAGCUCAUUUAUUAUCAACAUGAAGGAGUGUACUGAGAAAGUCUUCCUGACAUUCUGAUGUCUGUGGUUAGGCCCCUGCCUUCGUUUACUGGAGAACAGGCUGGCUCCCGAAAGAUUGUCUUAUCAAGGGUUGACAUUACUGUUCGAAAAGCCAGCUGAUAGGACAAAUCCAGCCCAACGAAACUUCAUUUCCAGUGACACAACAUGACAUUUGGAGCACAUGGGAAGGGAAACAGUUUCAAAAAAAGAUAUAUUAUUAAGACUGAUUUACUGCAUCAGGAGUCUGUCCUGAAUGUGUUCAGCAGUCAACGGUGUACUUCCCCUGAGGAUCAGCUGUGAAGGAUUGGCAAACUCUGGAAGACUGCAUGGGGAGGUGUCGAUGUCCACCAAUGUCACUGGAUUCCGGGCACAUCGUUCCCCCCAGCAUUUGGAGAUGGACUUGGCCUGGCAGGAACUGAUGGCCAUCACAGAACUUCAGGAGUUUGAGGUACCCAAUGAGAAUCCUUUUGAAGCAGUCCCAUACCUGUCCAUGGAGCCCAUGGUUUCUCAAGGGGGGUUCGGGAUGAGUCAACCCCAGCCAGAAUCCAUUCCAGCUGCUUGUGAUGCCCAUCCUGCCAGUGUUUAUGAAAACGCAUACCCAGAAAUGAUGCCACCCUAUCAGCGUUUGAACCCACACAUGGAUAUGCACUAUGGCCUCCAUGGCAGCCAUGGUUCCCCCAGAAUGCUUGCAAAUACGCAAGCUCUUCAUCCACCUCUCAUGAGUCUUUUGGAGCACAUGAACAUGGCAACGCGCAGUCAUGGGAUUGCGAAAGAUGCCGUUAUCAACCUUCAUAGUGCAGGACAAUUCAAACAAGUUUGCACAGAUGAUCUGGAGUCAGAUUCCGGUUUGUCGCUUGGUUCAAGCCCACCGCUUGCUUCUCCUGAGAAUGGGGUGCAUGGAGUGCCUACAUAUGUGCCUGCAGAUGGUACGAUGGGCUAUGCUGAAAAUGAAAUCGAAGGUAUUGGGGAACAGUAUCGCAUGCGGCCUAGUUUGCUCGGGUCUGCCGACUACCAGCAGUCUUACAGCUCGUACCCUGGAGCAUCUUUUCCCACAGCUGUAAAUAUGCAAGCUAUCAACCAGCAGACUUACCAACCAAUGGCUUCAAUGAAGCAACCGGUUUUACCCACAGCGCUGCAUGAUCUACAACUAAAUAGCUCAGGUUUAACAAGACCAGGUUCAUAUCAGGGUCCGUACCCAAAGCCAAAAUCAAACAGCAUUCCUGUACCCCUGAGCAGAGAUGAACGGCGAGCCCUCGCUCUAAAAAUCCCGUUCUCCCUUGAAAAGAUUGUGAACCUACCAGUGGAUGACUUCAAUGAGCUUUUGACCCAAUUCACACUGAGCGACACUCAACUGGCACUCGUGAGGGACAUUCGCAGACGAGGGAAGAACAAAGUUGCAGCUCAGAAUUGCCGCAAAAGGAAGCUGGAGAAUAUUGUGCAUUUAGAGAAUGAGUUGGGACAUCUUAGAGCCCAAAGAGAACAUUUAACCAGAGAGAGACUGGAGUUUCAGCAAAACCUAACCAUUAUCAAAUGUCGGCUCUCAGAUCUUUACACCCAAGUGUUUUCACAGCUACGUGAUGAGGAGGGACACCCUUAUUCAGUUGAUGAGUAUUCACUACAACAAACUAAUGACGGCAACAUUUACUUGGUGCCACGGAAUACAGCACUCGAGGGUGAAUGAACUUUUAUGAAAAGGUUUAAGUCACCUCAGAUGGAGAAAACUAAAUUUAUGACCAAUGAAUUUCAAUUACUUCAAAUAAUUUGUGAUGAAUGGAUAAAAACAAACUCUUUGUAAAGAGAUUACACACAGUAAUGUAGAGCAGAGUACAACUACACAACAUAUUCAUGACUACAGAAGUUCAGAGAAAGAUUUUUCACUUUAGGCUUAGAAAACUUUCAAGCUGUUUUUGGGUCUAUAGACCCAACUCCAAGGAUUUUGCUCAACACUUUUGUACAUUACAGCAUUGGUCUAAAACUUUGAAUCAGUGUUAUAUGUCAAAUACAAAUUAAACAAGCUUUCAUUAAAUGGGUUCAACACAAAGACAA